AUGGAUCCUUUUAGUGAACCUUAUGCAAACGAAGAUGCAUACCUCGUGGCUGACCGUAAAGAAAGGAGGAAAUGGUCACCAACUGAAGACAAGGUGCUCAUCAGUGCUUGGUUGAAUACCUCCAAAUAUCCUCUCGGGAGAAAUGAGCAGAAAGCAAUUGCGUUUUGGAAACGAAUUGCUGCUUAUUUUGGUUCAAGUCCACAGCUUGCUGGUUUGCAAAAGAGAGAGCCAUCUUGUUGUAAAUCGAGGUGGAGGAAGAUUAAUGAGGGCGUGUGCAAGUUUGUUGGCUCCUAUGAAGUGGCAACGAAGCAAAAAUCCAGUGGCCAGAGUGAGGAUGAUGUUUUGAAGAUGGCUCAUGCAAUAUUCUUCAAUGAUUACAAGAGCAAGUUCACACUUGAGCAUGCUUGGUUGGAGCUUAGGUAUGAUCAAAAAUGGUGUGGAGCUCUAACCAGUAUAGAUAAUGUGAACUCUAAGAGAAGAAAGCUUGAUGGUCAUUCAGCACAAUCAUCAACGUCAGUGCCGUGUAGCCUUGGAGGAGAUGAACCAAUGGCUCGGCCUGUUGGUGUCAAAGCUGCAAAGGGCAAAGGUAAACAGGCUGUGAGCAAGGCUAAGACUUCCGAAGAAAAAGGGAAGGCGUGUGUGGACUUUCAAAACAUGUGGGAGAUAAGGCAAAACGACUUUGCCUUGAAAGAUAAGCAUGACAAGCACAAGUUGUUGGAGGGCCUAAUUGCCAAGACAGAGCCAUUAACUGAACUAGAGAUUGAUUUGAAAGAUAAGCUUAUUACCGAGAUGUUAGCAAGUUAG